AUGAGCUCGAAAGAAAGCUGCAGAAGCGAACUUCGCAUCGCAAUUCGACAACUCAGCGAUCGCUGUCUCUAUUCCGCUACCAAAUGGGCUUCGGAACAAUUGGUAGGGAUCGAGCAAGAUCCAUCCAAGUUCACUCCUUCCUAUACCAGGUUUCAGCGUGGAAGCUCAAGUAUUCGCCGCAAGUUCAGAACUCAUGAGGUCAUCGCUACGCCCCCUGCCGGUGUUUCCUAUGUUGUUACGCCUGUUAUGGAAGAGGAUGCGCUUGUUGACACUGAUUUUUACCUUUUGGCUAAAUCUUACUUCGAUUGCCGUGAGUAUAAGAGAGCUGCUCAUGUUCUUCGGGAUCAAAUUGGACGCAAAUCCCUUUUCUUGCGAUGCUAUGCUCUCUAUCUGGCGGGAGAAAAGCGAAAAGAGGAAGAGAUGAUAGAACUAGAGGGACCUCUGGGUAAGAGUAAUGCCGGGAAUCAGGAAUUAGUUUCUUUAGAGAAGGAGUUAUCUACACUUCGCAAGAAUGGCACAAUUGAUCCCUUUUGUUUAUACUUAUAUGGUAUUAUACUGAAACAGAAAGGCAAUGAAAAUUUGGCACGGACAGUUCUUGUGGAAUCUGUAAAUAGCUACCCUUGGAACUGGAAUGCCUGGACUGAGCUGCAAUCCUUAUGCAAUUCAGUUGAUACCUUGAACAGUCUUACUCUUAGUAGUCAUUGGAUGAAGGAAUUUUUUCUUGCCGGUGUAUACCAAGAGUUAAGGAUGCAUAGUGAGUCUAUGUUAAAAUAUGAAUACCUACUUGGAACUUUUAGUUUUAGUAAUUACAUCCAAGCCCAAAUUGCUAAAGUCCAGUACAGUUUGAAAGAAUUUGAUCAAGUUGAAGCUAUAUUUGAAGAACUGCAGAGGAAUGAUCCUUACAGAGUGGAAGACAUGGAUAUGUACUCCAAUGUGCUAUAUUCUAAGGAAUGCUUUUCUGCUUUGAGUUACCUUGCCCAUAGAGUAUUCCUGACUGAUAAAUAUAGACCUGAAUCUUGUUGUAUUAUUGGAAAUUAUUACAGUUUAAAGGGGCAACAUGAAAAAGCAGUUGUAUAUUUUAAGAGAGCCCUUAAACUGAACAAAAAUUAUCUCUCUGCUUGGACACUUAUGGGUCAUGAGUUUGUAGAGAUGAAAAAUACUCCUGCUGCUGUGGAUGCCUAUCGUCGGGCUGUUGAUGUAGAUCCGUGUGAUUAUCGUGCUUGGUAUGGACUAGGACAAGCUUAUGAGAUGAUGGGUAUGCCUUUCUAUGCGCUUCAUUACUUCAAAAAAUCUGUUUUCUUGCAGCCAACUGAUUCUCGGUUGUGGAUUGCUAUGGCUCAAUGCUAUGAAACUGAUCAGCUUCGCAUGCUUGAUGACGCAAUAAAGUGUUAUAAAAGGGCAUCAGAAUGUAAUGAUAGAGAAGCAAUUGCUUUGCACCAACUAGCAAAGCUGCAUUCAGAGAUGGAACGCCCAGAAGAGGCAGCGUAUUACUACAAAAAGGAUUUAGAGAGAAUGGAAAAUGAAGAGCGUGAAGGACCUAACAUGGUUGAGGCUUUGCUCUAUCUUGCAAGUUAUUAUAAAACUCAGAAAAAAUUUAAAGAAGCAGAGGUUUAUUGUACUCGUCUUCUUGAUUAUACUGGCCCGGAGAAGGAGACAGCAAAAAAUUUACUUAGAGUGAUGCGAUCCUCACAAUCUAGUUUCGCUUCAACGGAUGUUGAUCACUUUCCUCCAUAA